AUGGCUCCCUCCUUCGUGACCAUUGACACGGGCGAUAGCGAUUUCGACAUGGCCCCCGCGCCCCGAUCCCCUCUUUACCACCCACCCCGCGCAACUACCGACCUCCAAAUGCUCGACCGUCUAUCUGCCGGUUUCGUCACUCUUCCCACCAAUACAUAUGAUCUCGUCCUGGUUGUCACCGACUCCGAUGGCUCACGCCGCGCCGAGGCCUUGAAGCUUUUGACCCGAGAUGUGUACACCGCUCUCGUCCCAGCCAUGAAGGCCGGUGCACAGCUCCAAGCACAAGAUAAAGCGCUGGAUGCUUCUGAGGCCAUGGAAGCUAUUCUGGCUGGAUUAAUGCAGACUGGCAAUGGUUUCGAGAAGCCCAAUCUUGAACAAGCCACUGCAAUCCCGCUUAAGUUCGGCCUGAACAGAAAGAAGAAGACUACUACUCCGGCGCCAGCUCCAGCUCCAGCCCCACCGGCGGGCUUAGCAGUCACCGGAUUUACGGCGAAUGAUAUAAAUGGGAACAAUCACGACCGGGAUGAUGACGAUGACGAGUUGAUUAAUGAGGAUUCUCUUAUUGACGAGGAGGAUUUUACGAGACCGAUCAUGCCGCCCCCAGAGUGUCAACCUAAGACCGGCCGCAGGCGGCGAGCCUGCAAGGACUGUACUUGCGGUCUCGCAGACCGACUUGAAGCAGAGGAUAAGGAGCGCCGGGCGAACGCCGAUAAUAGUUUGAAUGUUAUGAAGCUGGAGACGGACGACCUGGCCGAAGUGGACUUCACUGUCGAGGGCAAGACAGGCUCCUGCGGUAGCUGUGCGCUCGGCGAUGCAUUCCGCUGUGACGGGUGUCCUUAUAUGGGCCUGCCUGCCUUCAAGCCUGGUCAGGAGGUCUCGAUCUUGAACGACGUUGCUCAAUUGUAG